AACCUCAAAUUUCCCUGUGAUCGCACUACGCUUCAGUAACGUCAAGGCGUUUAAUGUCAACUGUGCCGAAUGUGUGAGACAAGAUUUUCGACCAAGCGACAGAUGCAUCAACGCCUUCAUUGCUCUUUAUCGCACGUAAGUUCCGAACUUAGACGUGUAUGAUGUAAGGGACUCGUUAGUAUGCUGGAUAAGCGGCGACUCCAUGCCUCCGGUACGUCGCCUUACACUCUGAUUUUCGUGGUCGCCUUGGCACUGACUGGAUGCUUCUCCUUCUGGCUUCACAUCGACAGCUCCGGUUCACCGACGCCGUACAGCAGCGCGUCGGCACCAGGAUAUCUGCUAAUCCUUCCCGGGAACGUGACGCCCUCCCCGCAGCCGUAUUUAUUGCACGAACUUCCGUUCGGUGACAAAUCCACGUUGAUAGACAUAAAGGACUUCCGGUUCACGAUCAACAAUGACCCGUGUAACCGGACUCACCCGUUGUUGCUGAUGCUGGUUCACUCGGCACCCGAGAACUUUAUCAAGAGAAAUGUGGUCCGGGAGACAUGGGGUCAGCAAUCUCCAGACGUGGAACUCCUCUUUUUCGUCGGCUCGUCUGACGAGUAUCAGACAAUGCUGGAAGAAGAAAACAAAAAAUACAAAGAUUUGAUACAAGGCAACUUUCUCGAUGCCUACAGAAACAUGACUUACAAGCAUGUGAUGGCAUUGAAAUGGGCUACGUAUCAUUGUCCAAGUGCCAAAUAUAUAUUAAAAUUAGAUGACGAUGUUUUUGUUCAUAUACCUGCCAUGUUGGAUUUUUUGACGCGUGAUCUAUCACCAUGGGGAGCCAGACGAUUGAUCUUAUGCGAUCUUCUGUCCACGGGUACCGUGAAGAGAUCGUGGCGUUCCAAAUGGAGAGUCUCCCCUCAAGAAUAUCCUGGUAGACAUUAUCCUGCAUAUUGUGCCGGAUGGGCUAUACUCUAUUCCCCUGAUAGCGUAUUCCUUUUGUAUCGUGAGGCACAGAAAGAACCAUACUUCUGGAUCGACGAUGUUCAUAUUACCGGGACGUUAGCUAGGAAAGUAAAUUUAACACAAACCUCUCUACAUUACUUGGUGCUAACUAACGAGAACAUGCAGGACCUUCUAUCAAAUCCAAGUUCUCAUAGGGAGUUUCUGUUCGGACCUCCAAAUCUCACUGAAAACGAAAUAAGAGCCUUACAGAGUCUGGUUAUUAAACCACGGCCUAGCAGCGAAAGCCUAGUAAAUUGAAACAUUUCGGAUGUCCGAAAGAUAUUUAUGCAUCUGUGUGAUCAUUUUUAUUUUAUAACACUAACUUUUCAAACGAGAAAGGCGACACUAAAAUCUUUGUUGCCUAUUUUAAUAAAAAACAAGGGCAGAAAAUUUCUCCUCGAGCAAAAUGUGUUGAUGAUUAAAUGUUAUUAAUAAUAGACAGAUGCAUAAAUCUUUUUCUCGUUUAAUGCAAUGAGAAAAAUUCUCUGCUAUUCAAUAUUUUGCACACUUCUCAUACAUUUCAAUUCUGUACAGAUAUAAUUCUCUCUGUGAGUGUUCAAUUUUUUGCACAAUAUUUUUACAGUAUCAUGCUGCAUUGCAAAAGAAACAAAUUUCUAAACAUCAAAACGGGCAUUUCGUGGUGAUAUUAAAUUUCUUUGUAAUAAUGCCAUAAUAAUUCUUUUUGAUGAUAUUGUUUCUCUGUAUAGCAAUUGUUUUUAUUUUACUUUAACCACAUGAUUUUUUUCUUUUUUCAAGUAUGGUUCAGUUACUAAUGGCACUUGAGCAACUUAAAAGCGUGUCCGAAUUAACAAAGCGCAUCACAAUCAACGCACAAUAAUUUUUAUAUUCCUUAUUUGUCUUAUAUAUUCGACUAAUUUAAGCUAUCCUUUGUGGAAAGUUUAUUGUAAAAAUGGUCGAGAGUUGCAUAUUACUAACGUGAAGUAACAAACAACUUUUGUUCUUGCAAAUUGGUUAACGAGAUAAAUGUAAUUUUAACAUAAUAAAUGCAAUUGGGGGUAAAAAUCAAAUUUAUAAAUAUAAUAUCAUAUCAAAAUUAUGAAAAUAUGAAAUUGUUAUAUGAGACUCUCAAUGUAAAUUAAUACUAUUAGGUAGCAAUAAGAAUAUAACCCAAAAUCAAGGGUCCAUUUGCGAGUUAGGAGGUCUUAAAAACUAGAAAUUCUUGUUCUUGUAACGCGAAUCGUUUUUUUAACGGUUCUGAUUCUAAUGCUCAAUUCCUCGAACAAUUAUCUAGAACAACACGCACCUUUCUUUCUACCAAUUUUCAGAUUUAUUGUUAAUACAAUAUACCUCAAUACACAUAUAUACUUAUACAGAGAGUGUAUCCACACUUUACUGGCCAAAUUUUAAAAGCGUAAUGUACAAGCGAAAACAAGAAAAAAAUUGUAUGUAAAGUUUGUUUGUAAAUGCUUUGUUACAGAGUUAUAAGUAAAUGUUAUUGUUGAAUGUAAUGUGAAUACGUGCGUAACAGCGAAUUCAAAGUUUGAUAAUAAGUAAGCUCACAUCAGAAGAUAGUCAUUUUAAAAUGAGAAUUUAAAAUUUUUCAAUGUUUUUUACAUACCAGUAGGCAAAGACAAAGUAAAUACGGACAAUUUUAUCAAACUUCAAAUAGUUACAUACAUGUUCAUAUGUUUAACUUCACUGUAUAUAUUCAUGUUAUGUUCAGUAUUUACCUACAACUUAGUGAGGAAGCGUUUAUAAACAAACUUUACGUAAUAUUUUUUUCUUGUUUUCACUUGUAGAUUAUGCUCCUAGUUUUGCUGAUAAGGUGCGAAACACCCUGUAUGUACAUAAUUAUAUGUAAUCAGUGUUUGUUAGAAGAGUAAUGAAAUUAACAAAAGUGGGGUUUAUCAAAUUUAUUUGAUAUAAGAAAUUAUAUUAGUAGAGAAAAUACCAGAUUAUUAUAGAUACAUAGCAAAAAAAUAAUUGAGUUUCUUUUGUAAUUUAUAUAAUAAUCUUUAAAUUUUGAGUAUAUACGUUAAGUGAUACUAUUAAAAAAAAAGAGAUUAAAAUAUUUUUUUAAAUAUUAUUCUUGUUAUAAUUUCAUUGAGUAAUUACGAUAUUUCAAUCUUAAUGAAUAGUUUUUAGAAUUAAUUUUUGUAGACAUCUCAAAAAUGUAUUAUUUAUGAAUAUGUUACUCUUCUGGCAAACCGACACCGACGACGUAUUUAAACAAUUGUUUUUCCGUUCUUUCUCUUUGUUUCGAUCUAGAGUACAACGAAUACGAUUUGCAAAAAAGCGCACGAAUUUCUCAAGAUGGGGGGAAAGAGAAAGAGAGAGAGAAUGUGUGUGUUAAACGGUGACAAUUAACACGCUUCACUGUUGCUUCAAUUCUGAAUUGAUCUGUACACACUUAUAGAUACACGUACAAAAUGUUGGUGACUAUUAGGUAGCAAAGUAUUGUCUCUAUUAUUGUCUGACGUGGAACUAACAAUCUGUUUCUUAUUUAUUUAAUUUAUAUUAAUUAUAGAAUUUUCGUCAUAUUAUGUAAAAAAGGCGGAACGUUUUUUCAUUGUGUACUGUCGAAUGUGUUUAUAUAGCAAUGGAGUAAAAUAAUUAUAAUUUCAAUAAACCACGGAUUGUUUCAAUUA